GUGACCCCACCGCGCACUCUUUGGCUCGGGAAUGAUCUCCAGGACGGCCUUCUUUGUGGGCCUUCUGGCCGUUGUUACGGUCGGCGGGCUGGUCAGCCGCGUCGAGGCUGACUCCCCCAGCAAUAGUGCAAAGACCGCAGCGCGGACCCGCCGCGAUGGCGGCCUGCAGCAGCGCCAGUACCAGCGCCGGGAGGCCGCGGCCAUGCGCAAGGCGCGCCACGACCGCCGCCAGGAUGACCGCGACGACGACGACGACGACGAUGACGACGACGAGGAGGACGAGCGCCGGAAGAUGAUCCAGGCCUCGGCCGCCCUGACCGAGGACCAGCUGAUCGACUCGCACCCGCCGGCGUGGCUCUUCAACAUGCACGACACCAACCAGGACAAGGCCCUGGACAUGGGCGAGCUCCGCCGGGUGUACUCCGGCUAUGGAGAUGCGGAGUCCAUCGCCCGCACGGUCAUGAACGAGUUCGACGAGAACCGCGACGGGCGUCUGUCGGCCGCCGAGUUCGACAAGGCCCUGCUCGGUCCGCGAUGA